AUGCACGUCCCAACCCUCCUCACAACUCUCGUUUCCCUGGUCUUACUCACCGGCACCACCCUCGCAGCUCCAACACCCCAGCUCGAAGGCAUCCUCGGAGCCCUUACGCUACCCACUGCCGGCACUGGGAAUCAAGUCGGUGGGAAGGGCGUCGAGAAUGCCAAUGGAAAUAUGAAGGGGAAUGGCAAGGGGAAUAAUACCGGCAAUAACAAGGGCACCGGCAACACAGCCGGUACUGGCAACGAAGCGGUAAAGGGUAACGCCCUGGCCUUGCCUCUCCUAGGCGCUCGAAGUGAGCAGCAGAAACAACGCGGCGAUCUUGGAAGUGUAGUUGGUACAAUCACCCAGCCCGCCGUUGGUUUAGGACAUGCCCUCUUAGGCAAUGGCAAAAUAGCGGUGCUGGGAACAAAAUUGGCAAUGGAAAUAUUCUUCUCGUGA